GAUUGAUAACUCACAAUAACAGAAUCUGAUUCAUUGAAAUUGAAAUUAAGAAUCAAGACAUAGCUCAGUUGAAGUUGAAGUUUAAUUGAAAUGUCAAUGUAGGAAUCUUGGCAGUGUUAGCCAUAGGUCACGCCAUAUUGAUAUUCACUUGAUUCAUUUGCUUUCGUCAGUGCACGUCCACGUCAGUGCAUCAGCAUACUGACAUCGACAUGGACUGUGGCACGGCUGUGCUAGAAAACCAGAAACGUCCAAAAAAGGGGCUCUGAAGUGAAUCUGCAUCUUGACAUUCAUUAAAUCAGAGUUGCAUUAGUAAACAUUUCAUUUAUUCAUUCCACUGAAGCAGGGUUUUCCUACACUGGCUACAGCAGUGGGCUGGGUUCAUCAGGAUUAUCAACCAAAAAUGAGUGGCAAAUCUGGAAAUCAAUUUGAAGCGCUGAAAAUGAGUGACGAUAGUGGCGAGGAGGACAGAGAACUGAAAACUGGCCACAAACUGCCGCCACUGGAGAUCCCGUCACACCACCACAAGCUGGAGCACGUGCACUGUCUGUGGUUCACGCAGCGUACGCCCGGCAACAAGAACUCUGCCAGCUUCGACCAGAACCUCAAACUGGUCGGAAGGUUCGGCUCUGUGGAGCAGUUCUGGUCGAUCUACGGUCACUGCGUGCGUCCCCACGACAUGAAGGUGCACAGCGACUACCACCUGUUCAAGGAGGGCAUCAAGCCCAUGUGGGAGGACGACGCCAACAGCCGCGGCGGCAAGUGGAUCGUGCGCCUGCGGAAGGGCCUGGCGUCGCGCUGCUGGGAGAACCUCGUGCUGGCACUGCUCGGCGAGCAGUUCAUGGUCGGCGACGAGAUCUGCGGCGCCGUAGUCAGCGUGCGUCACAUGGAGGACAUCAUUUCCGUGUGGAACCGGACGGCAGCCGACUCGACGACUACGGGCCGCAUCCGGGACACGCUGAAACGGGUGCUCAACCUGCCGCUCAACACUAUCAUGGAGUACAAAACGCACACCGACAGUCUCAGAGACAACUCGAGUUUUCGGAACACGGACUUAUUCGUCAAGUAGCGGCCGUUGCCGCAGUUUGGACGGCGGCCGGUGCGACAUGCCAUCUAUUGGCGGGUGAUAGAAACUCUCCGUGCGGCUCUUCAUUGCCCUGGAUCUGUUGAUGGAACGGGGCGCUUGGUCAAUCGGUGCUCUAUGAUACAAUACAUACUUGUUUUACGCAUGCGCAGCA